UUCCUCACCAGGAAACCUGUAUGGAUUGUUUCACUACAACCCUAUGAUGCUUAGGCUUGAAUCCCUCCCAGAUCCCAUGGACACCUGGGAAAUUAUAGAGACCAUUGGUAAAGGUACCUAUGGCAAGGUCUACAAGGUAACCAACAAGAGAGAUGGGAGUCUGGCUGCAGUGAAAAUUCUGGACACAGUCAGUGAUAUGGAUGAAGAAAUUGAGGCUGAAUAUAACAUUCUGAAGUUUCUUCCCAAUCAUCCCAAUGUUGUAAAGUUUUAUGGGAUGUUUUACAAAGCGGAUGGUUGUGUGGGAGGACAGCUGUGGCUGGUCCUGGAGCUGUGUAACGGAGGCUCAGUCACUGAGCUUGUCAAAGGCCUUCUCAGGUGUGGGGAACGACUGGACGAAGCAGUGAUCUCUUACAUCCUGUACGGGGCCCUCUUGGGACUUCAGCAUUUGCACAACCACCGAAUCAUCCACCGUGAUGUGAAGGGGAAUAACAUUCUUCUGACAACAGAAGGAGGAGUUAAGCUCGUUGACUUUGGUGUCUCAGCUCAACUCACCAGCACACGUCUGCGGAGAAACACAUCGGUUGGUACCCCUUUCUGGAUGGCCCCUGAGGUCAUUGCUUGUGAGCAGCAGUAUGACUCGUCCUAUGACGCGCGUUGUGACGUUUGGUCCUUGGGCAUCACAGCUAUUGAGCUAGGGGAUGGAGACCCUCCCCUUUUUGACAUGCACCCUGUGAAAACGCUCUUUAAGAUCCCAAGGAAUCCUCCACCUACUUUAUUGCACCCAGAAAAAUGGUGUGAGGAAUUCAACCACUUCAUUUCACAGUGUCUUAUUAAGGAUUUUGAAAAGCGGCCUUCUGUCACACAUCUCCUCGAACACCCGUUUAUUAAAGGAGCCCAAGGAAAGGCUUUGUUUCUGCAAAAACAGCUGGCCAAGGUGCUUCGUGAACAGAAACAUCUGAACCCUGUUGCUAAAACCAGGCACGAAAGGAUGCAUACCAGAAGACCCUACCGAAUGGAGGCUGCUGAAAAAUACUGCCUUGAGGAUGACUUGGUCAAUCUUGAAGUCCUAGACGAGGAUACAAUUAUUCAUCAGUUGCAGAAACGUUAUGCAGACUCACUAAUUUACACCUAUGUUGGAGAUAUUCUAAUUGCCUUAAACCCUUUCCAGAAUCUAAGCAUAUACUCUCCACAGUUUUCCAGGCUUUAUCAUGGGGUGAAGCGUGCCUCAAAUCCUCCCCACAUAUUUGCAUCAGCAGAUGCUGCUUACCAGUGUUUGGUUACUUUCAGCAAAGACCAGUGCAUUGUCAUCAGUGGAGAAAGCGGCUCAGGGAAGACAGAGAGUGCCCACUUGAUUGUUCAGCAUCUGACUUUCUGGGGAAAGGCCAAUAAUCAGACCUUGCGUGAGAAAAUUCUGCAAGUCAACUCUUUGGUGGAAGCCUUUGGGAACGCCUGCACUGCCAUCAAUGACAACUCUAGUCGGUUUGGAAAAUAUCUGGAAAUGAUGUUUACAGCAACCGGAGCUGUAAUGGGGGCAAGGAUCUCUGAAUACCUCCUUGAAAAGUCUAGAGUUAUCAAACAGGCAAAGGGAGAGAAAAAUUUUCACAUAUUUUACUGUAUUUAUGCUGGUCUUUAUCAUCAAAAGAAACUUUCCGAGUUCAGACUUCCUGAGGAAAAGCCUCCUAGGUAUAUAGCUGCUGAAACUGGGAGCGUCAUGCAUGAUAUCACUUCCAAGGACUCUUACCGAAGACAGUUUGAAGCAAUUCAGCAUUGCUUCAGGAUUAUUGGAUUCACUGACAAGGAGGUGCAUUCUGUGUACAGAAUUCUGGCUGGGAUUUUGAAUAUUGGGAACAUCGAGUUUGCAGCUACUUCCUCUCAACACCAAACUGAUAAAAGUGAGGUGCCCAAUGCUGAAGCUUUGGAAAAUGCUGCCUGUGUGCUCUGCAUCAGCCCUGAAGAAUUGCAGGAGGCCCUCACAUCCCACUGUGUGGUCACUAGAGGCGAGACCAUUAUCCGCGCCAACACCGUGGAUAGGGCUGCAGAUGUCAGGGAUGCAAUGUCCAAAGCCCUGUAUGGGAGGCUGUUCAGCUGGAUUGUGAAUCGCAUCAACACCCUCCUGCAGCCAGACAAAAACUUAUGCCGUGCUGAAAAUGGGAUGAAUGUGGGGAUCUUGGAUAUUUUUGGAUUCGAGAAUUUUCAGAGAAAUUCCUUUGAGCAGCUCUGCAUAAACAUCGCCAAUGAACAAAUCCAGUACUAUUUCAAUCAGCACGUGUUUGCUCUUGAGCAGAUGGAGUAUGAAAAUGAGGGCAUUGCUGCUGUCCCUGUGCAGUAUGAGGACAAUCGCCCACUGCUGGACAUGUUCCUACAGAAACCCCUGGGCCUGCUUGCACUUUUGGAUGAGGAAAGUCGGUUUCCCCAAGCAACAGACCAGACCCUGGUUGAUAAAUUUGAAGAUAACCUACGCUGCAAGUUCUUCUGGAGGCCCAAAGGAGUGGAGCUCUGCUUUGGCAUUCAACACUAUGCUGGACAGGUAUUAUAUGAUGCCUCUGGGGUUCUUGAGAAAAAUAGAGACACCCUCCCUGCUGAUGUGGUUGUAGUCCUGAGAACAUCGGAAAACAAGCUUCUACAGCAACUGUUCUCAAUCCCUUUGACCAAAACAGGUAAUUUGGCCCAAACAAGAACCAGGAUAACAGCAUCCUCAAGAUCUUUGCCUCCACAUUUCAGUGCUGGGAGAGCCAAGGUGGACACCCUGGAGGUGAUUCGGCAUCCAGAAGAAACCACCAACAUGAAGAGACAAACCAUGGCUUCUUACUUCCGGUAUUCUCUGAUGGAUCUGCUCUCCAAAAUGGUGGUUGGACAGCCCCACUUCGUGCGUUGCAUUAAACCCAAUGAUGACCGCAAGGCCCUACAGUUCUCCCAAGAGAGGGUUCUGGCCCAGCUCCGCUCCACAGGGAUCCUGGAGACCGUCAGCAUCCGCAGACAGGGCUACUCCCACCGCAUCCUCUUUGAAGAGUUUGUGAAAAGGUAUUAUUACUUGGCAUUCAGAGCACAUCAAACACCGCCUUUAAGCAAGGAGAGCUGUGUCGCUAUCUUGGAAAAGUCCAGAUUAGAUCACUGGGUACUGGGAAAAACAAAGGUUUUUCUCAAAUAUUACCAUGUGGAGCAAUUAAAUUUGCUCCUGCGAGAAGUCAUAGGCAGAGUGGUCAUGCUGCAGGCAUAUACCAAGGGCUGGCUCGGAGCCAGGAGAUACAAAAGAGCCAGAGAGAAGAGGGAGAAGAGUGCUGUUGCCAUCCAGGCAGCCUGGAGAGGAUAUGAUGCUCGGAGGAAAUUUAAGAAAAUAAGCCACAGAAGGAAGGAGUCUGCUGUUCAUAUUCAAGCAGUUCUACAGAACUCUCCUGAUCAGAAAAGCUGUCCAGGUUCAGAAGCAGAAUCCAGCAAUAGCCACAGAGAGUCUUCAAAUGAUUCACUUGCUGACACUGAAACAAAUUGGUAUCCCCAAGCCCAGAGUUCCCCAACAAGCUGUGAUGUGUCCUCAGGGCAUGUGGAGAUAACAGCUGGACACAAUUCUGAGCUCUCAGUUGCUGGAACUGAUGUGCCAUCUUCUCAGACAUGUCACACUGCCCCAGCUUAUCGUGGACUGAGCUCCUUUGAAGCCCCUGGAAAACCUGGUUCAGAAGACGGUCUUGCACAGAAGCAGCGAGCACCUCGCCGAAGAUGUCAGCAGCCCAAAAUGUUGAGUAGCCCCGAGGACACCAUGUACUAUAACCAGUUAAAUGGAACUCUAGAAUAUCAAGGGAGCAAGAGGAAGCCAAGAAAACUUGGCCAAAUCAAAGUUCUGGAUGGGGAAGACGAAUAUUACAAAUCUCUGUCCCCUGGGGCCUGUUUCCCUGAAGAAAACCACUCAGCCUGCCCUUUCUUUCUUUCCUCAUCACCCAGAGGAGACUCUUUCGCUCAACACUGAGCUGUGCUUCCUCGCCGCAAAUCUGUCC